GCAGGUGGGCGGGCCCAGGGGCGGUGCAGCCGCGCAGGCGCAGUCUGGGCGGCCACCAUGGCGCUGCCGAACUCUCUGAACAGGUAUCUGCUGCUCAUGGCGCAGGAGCACCUGGAGUUCCGCCUGCCGGAAAUAAAGUCUUUACUCUCACUUUUUGGAGGACAGUUCACAAGCAGUCAAGAAACUUAUGGAAAGUCUCCUUUUUGGAUUCUUAACAUUCCCUCCGAAGACAUUGCAAGAAAUGUAAUGAAACGGACAGUGUGUGCCAAGUCUAUGUUUGAACUAUGGGGUCAUGGAAAAUCUCCAGAGGAACUGUAUAAUUCUCUUAAAAGCUACCCAGUGGAAAAGAUGACUCCAUUUCUACAUUCAGACUCUACAUAUAAAAUAAAGAUUCACACAUUCAAUAAAACAUUGACACAAGAAGAAAAAAUAAAGCGAAUAGAUGCCCUUGAAUUUCUCCCAUUUGAAGGAAAAGUCAAUUUAAAGAAGCCACAGCAUAUAUUUUCGAUUUUGGAAGAUUAUGGUUUGGAUCCAAACUGCAUCCCAGAGAACCCACUGAAUAUUUAUUUUGGUAGAUGGAUUGCAGAUGGACAGAGAGAACUAAUUGAGUCAUACAGUGUCAAAAAAAGGCACUUUAUUGGAAAUACAAGCAUGGAUGCUGGUUUAUCAUUCAUCAUGGCCAACCAUGGAAAAGUGAAAGAAAAUGAUAUUGUCUUCGACCCAUUUGUUGGAACAGGAGUCUGUGAUUCACUGCUUGCUUUAUUGGUUUUAUUCCCUUCCCUGGCCUCUGUUCCUGUUGUGAUGACUGGAGCUCACACAUGCUCAAUUGUGGGACUUUCCAGCAGUGGUACUCUAAUUUGGUACUCAAAUCUCAUUAACCAAAUGGAUAAGGUUCUGUUUAAGGAAGCACAGAAAGAUUUUCUGUUCCCUUGGCAACUAGUUCUUCUAGGUGGCCUCCUAAUAGCAUCUGCCCAUUUUGGUGCAUAUGUAUAUGGCACAGACAUCGACUACAACACAGUUCAUGGCUUGGGAAAGGCUAGUAGGAAAAACCAAAAAUGGAGAGGACCAGAUGAAAACAUAAGGGCAAAUCUUCGUCAGUAUGGUUUAGAGAAGUAUUACCUUGAUGUCUUGGUUUCAGAUGCAUCUAAACCUUCCUGGAGAAAAGACACAUAUUUUGAUGCAAUCAUCACAGAUCCUCCUUACGGUAUCAGAGAGUCGACAAGAAGAACAGGUUCACAGAAGGAAGUACCAAAAGGGAUAGAAAAAUGUCCAGAAAGCCAUGUUCCUGUCUCCUUGAGUUAUCAUCUGAGUGAUAUGUUUUUUGACCUGUUAAACUUUGCAGCUGAGACGCUUGUAUUAGGCGGAAGACUUGUCUAUUGGCUGCCAGUGUACACGCCAGAAUACACUGAGGAGAUGAUACCUUGGCACCCUUGCCUGAAACUCAUUAGCAACUGCGAGCAGAAGCUUUCUAGUCACACAUCGAGGCGCUUGAUAACAAUGGAGAAGGUGAAAGAGUUUGAGGACCGGGACCAGUAUUCACAUCUGCUAAGUGAUCAAAUUCUGCCAUACCAAGGCCAUAAUUCCUUCCGUGAGAAAUAUUUCAGUGGUGUAACGAAAAGAAUUGCCAAGGAGGAAAAAUCCAGCCAGGAGUAACAAUUUAGAUUUUGACAACGAAGAAAGAAGAAGGAUUUUCUGAAAGACAAGAUGUUCUGGAUGUGAAUUUUUGAUACAGAAAACAUGUUUGAAGGACUUUUUAUAUAUAUAUAUAUA